CUUGGGCCGGAUUGGGUGCCGAACGGUCACGUGGUAGGGGUACGUUUCGCUGAAGGCCGUCACGUGGUCCUUGUGUCAUCAAACGUCCUUUAGUGGUCGCUGGAUUACAGUCUGCUGCCAUGUCCGCUCUCAGGGUGACCAGGGUUCUGCAGAACAUCGCUAAAACUGGCUGGAGGGCCCAGUCCACCGCUCCUCAGGCUGCCAGCGCCGCGUCCUCCUCCUCCUCCUCUCAGGGCUUCAACUUUGAACUCAGCGAGCAGCAGAAAGAGUUUCAGGCCACCGCUCGGAAAUUUGCGAGAGAGGAGAUCGUCCCUGUAGCCGCUCAAUAUGACAAAUCUGGGGAGUAUCCUGUUCCACUUAUUAAAAGAGCAUGGGAGCUGGGACUGAUGAACGGACAUAUCCCCGAACACUGCGGAGGCCUGAACCUCGGCAUCUUUGACACGUGUCUGAUCACAGAGGAGAUCGCCUAUGGAUGUACUGGUAUUCAGACCGCAAUAGAGGCCAAUUCUCUGGGGCAAAUGCCGGUGAUCAUUGCAGGCAAUGAGGCCCAGCAGAAGAAGUACCUGGGAAGAAUGACCGAGGAGCCGCUCAUGUGUGCAUACUGUGUAACUGAACCCGGAGCUGGAUCGGAUGUGGCCGGUCUGAGGACGAGAGCAGAGAAGAAGGGCAACGAGUACAUCAUCAAUGGACAGAAGAUGUGGAUCACCAACGGAGGCAAAGCCAACUGGUACUUCCUAUUGGCUCGCACAAAUCCCGACCCUAAGGCUCCAACUGGAAAAGCUUUUACUGGGUUUAUUGUAGAGGCAGAUAGUCCUGGAGUACAAAUUGGGAGAAAGGAGAUGAACAUGGGUCAGCGGUGCUCGGACACCAGGGGGAUCGUGUUUGAAGACGUCCGUGUUCCUGCUGAAAACGUCCUAAUUGGAGAAGGAGCCGGUUUUAAAAUUGCCAUGGGGGCGUUUGAUAAGACCCGGCCACCGGUGGCAGCCGGAGCUGUGGGAUUAGCUCAGAGGGCGCUGGAUGAAGCCACAAAGUAUUCUCUGGAGAGGAAAACCUUCGGAAAAGUCCUGGCUGAGCAUCAAGCAGUGUCCUUCUUAUUGGCCGAGAUGGCGAUGAAAGUGGAGCUGUCCCGCUUGGCGUAUCAAAGGGCAGCCUGGGAGGUGGACUCGGGCAGAAGGAACACCUACUACGCCUCCAUUGCCAAGGCAUACGCCGGAGAUAUCGCCAAUCAGGUGGCUUCAGACGCUGUUCAGAUAUUUGGAGGAAACGGAUUUAACAGUGAUUAUCCUGUGGAGAAGCUCAUGAGGGAUGCAAAAAUCUACCAGAUCUAUGAAGGUACAGCCCAGAUCCAGAGACUCAUCAUUUCUCGGGAACAUUUCGGCAAGUACAAGGAUUGAAGUAUUCACUCAGGACCGAACGUCUUCCUACACCCUCGGCCUUAAUGACAAGUUUGGCGUCUGCGCUGCAGGAGUUUCGUUACUUUGUAUCACUGCACUGUAGGACUGGCUGCAGAUUGGCGGCUUCUUGAUUGCGUCCAUCAGUUUUUU